GAGUGCACCACCGCCCCCAGCCUCUGGCACAGGAACAGCGGACAGGAGGGGUCUGGAGGUGGAGCAUGGGUGGGGCCACGUCAGGCAGUUUGGGAAGGCAGAGUCUUCCUGUAUCUACGAUACCCGCUGCCCAUGAUCCUGAAGGAGAUCUAGACGAUCUUCUGGCCCCACACACAAGUAUUCCUCCCAUGCAUAGGGAGCUGGGGGCUACCUCUUGCACCAGGUUUUUUCAGGGGCUUUAAAUCCCUCAAACCAAAGCACCAGGUGGGGAGAAGUGGGCUAUCCCCCACCCUGUGCCUGGAACCCAUGGCUCAUUCACUGCGUCUCUCUGUAGGUCUGUCUCUGCUCCAGGAGACAUCAAUCCAGCAGCAGCACAGGCCAGCCUAAGGAGUUAAUAUUGGUCUGUCAAUCACCUUAUUUACCUUCCUGAUUGGCUAAAUCUGUCUUGAGUUUGCAAGGCCUAGUAAGAUCUUGCCAGGCAGGAUUGCAAUAGGAGUGGGCCUGCCUCUGGAUUUUCCCAUUGGUGCAUAUUUGGGAGUGGCCACAUUCGGUGUUGCCAGUAGAGAAACCUCCCUUUUCCUGGCUCUGUGACUCAGCUUGGAGCUGAUGUCAAUUGGCUGCCCUGCUGAAUUUUUGAUUGGCAAGUGAAACCUGUUGCUAGACAGAGCAGCCAGUGUGGGGACUUUGCAAUGGCAAUGCAGGACUGCUUGGGGCAACUUUAAAUUUCGGGCCAGAUAUGGGACACUUCAGAGGGUUUCCCUGCCUUCUGUGUGGCCCUGCCUCUGCCUGUGCACAUCCAGGCUUGAUUUCUGUGGGCACAAUUGCAGUUGUAGUCCCUUCUUAGAGAUCCAUCACAGUGGCCAAAAACCUUUCUUAGCAGAGAGCUACGGUUGGCUGGAGGUGUGCGGGGUGUGAGGUGGUACCUUAACUCUGCAUUUCAGUGUUCAGAGGGUUGCAUUUGGCCACUCCCCAAACAUAAGGCAGAACUGGGCAGCCUUAAUUCUACUUUAACAUCAUUAUUUAGGCAGUGACUAGAUAGCAAACUUGAUCUGCCUUUGUUGAAAACUCAUUCACGUUAAACUGAGAUUGGUGAAAUUAUCUUUUUCACCCCCAGCAAACUACAGUUUCCCAUGUGAGCAGGUCAUUUGGAAUUUACCAGUUAAUAAUACAUUGUUAGAAUCUUUCUAUUCCUUUUCUAAGAUUUUCUGGUAAGACCAGCUGUACCAUUGCCAGGAGCUGCCAUGGGCGGAAAAUUCUCCCGAGAGCAAUUGGAAGAGCUGAAGGCUGCUUAUGAAACAGGAAACCUCAACGGCGUAGCAGCAAAACUGAAGGAGGAGCUGGAAUCAUUAGAAAAAAUCCCACUCAACAUCGCCAUCACAGGAGAGUCGGGCUCUGGAAAAUCAUCCUUCGUCAACGCCAUCCGGGGCCUGGGAGAUGAAGACGACGGUGCUGCGAAGACUGGGGUGAUCGAAACAACAAAGGAUCCAAAGGCUUAUCCACACCCAGUACUCCCCAAUGUGACAGUAUGGGAUCUGCCGGGAAUUGGGACACCAAGUUUUCAGCCAAGCAGUUACCUCAAACAGAUAAACUUCAGCCGCUAUGACUUCUUCAUCAUCAUUACCUCAGAACGCUUCACUUUCCACCACAUCACACUCGCCCGGGAGAUUCACAAGAUGGGAAAGAGGUUAUACUAUGUGCGCUCCAAAGUGGAUGCCGACUUGUACGCAGCUCAGACCCGCCGGCCCAGCACCUACGAUGAGGUGCGGAUCCUGCAGGAGAUCCGGGACAAUUGCGUCAAGAACCUGAGGGAUGCAGGUGAGGUCUCCCCACGGGUUUUCCUGAUCUGCAGCUGGAACUGGGACAAGUAUGAUUUCCCGUUCUUGCAGGAGACACUGGAGAAUGAGCUAGAUGCUCAGAAGAGACAUGCUUUCAUCCUGGGCCUGCCCAACAUCUCGGCAAAGAUCCUGGAAAAGAAAAAGGCUGAACAGAAGAAACAUAUUUGGAAACUGGCCCUUGUGUCAUGUGCUAUUGCCGUUAUUCCUCUUCCCGGUCUCUCAUUUGCUUGUGAUGUAGCCAUUUUGAUGGCAAACAUGAAACUUUACCUCACUGCCUUUGGCUUGGAUGAUAAUUCCCUUACUAGACUCGCUAAGCAGGUUGGCAAGCCCGUUGCAGAACUGAAGUCUGUAAUUAAAACAGUUCCUAUGGCCAGCUCAAUAUCAAAAGAAUGGGUAGUGAGUCUUCUGACUAAAUCUGCAUGUGCUGCAGUGAUGAUAGCUGAAGAGGCUUUAGAUUUUAUACCAAUCAUUGGUCCUUUGUUAUCUGGAGGAGUUUCCUUUGGAACCACCUAUUACAUGCUGAACAGCUUUCUGAAUGAUGCUGUCAAAGAUGCCCAAAAUGUUCUGGCCAAAGCUCUGUCUUAAGCAAAAGGUAAAGAGCACAAAUAUCCGCAACAAAAGAUCCACUGCUACCACCCAGAAAAAAGGCUUAAAUCCCAUUUCAGUUGUGCCAGAAUCUCUCAAAGUGGAUCAACCAAAACCAGCCUAAAUAAAACAAAAUUAAAAACAAAGUGAACAAGAGGAGGAGAGAGAAAGAGGCCGGACCAGACUCCUCGGAGUUUUGGUUGGAAAUUCUUUUUUCAUGGGGUCAAAGAUAUAUUAGUAAAGUGAUAAAGCCUGAAAUUGAGAGAAAGUUCCCUAAUCAAUGUUCAGCCCCGUACAAGGAUAGUUAAGGAAGUGUUAAACUUUCCCAUUUCUCUCUCACUAGUGGAAAGUAUCUAGUGCAGCAGAUUGAAUGCAGGAAACCUGUUAUUAGAGACCAGCACCAACAGCAAUAGAUGCUUGCAGCUUCCCUUGAUUUUCAUAGGCUAAAACCCACUUCAUCAGAUGCAUGGAGUGGAAAAUACAGUAGGAAGAUAGAUAGAUAGAUAGAUAGAUAGAUAGAUAGAUAU